AAUAAUUCGGGCCGGGUCGAACAAAGCGCCAGUGUGGCCGAUGUUUCCCUGCAUUGAUGACUGGAAUCAGACAAGAAUCAAACGAAUUAAUUUCACAAAGCAGGUCCAGUUGAGCUCACAAUCCUCACAAACUUGUCACUAUUCCACUCUCAUCGCACCUUCCAUACACACAUAACAUUAUAUGUAUGUAUGGAAGAAGAGAGCAACAAGAAGAGGAAAAAACUGUGCGAUAUUGAAUUGAACAACCUCAUUGAUCGCCACGACGAGGAGCCACCGUCACUGGUGGUCGAAGCCUCCGGAGAUGAUCUGAAGCUAAUGAGUGAUUUCUAUCUCGAAGAUUCUAUUCAACGCUGCAGCAAAACUUACGAAAGUGUGGGUAGUAAAUUGCCUGACGGAGGACGAAAGCUUAAGGAAAAACUUACUAGUCUUGAGCAGGAAAAAGAGAGCCGGGAUCGACACCGCCUCAUGGGACAUUAAUUGGCUUCAAGCAAGUGACUGAUCAUUCAUCUUCGCCUCAAUUACAAUUUGGCCCAAUUUGUCAAAAGUUUGAAGAAAAUCAAGGAAAUGGGGCAAUUGAUGCUUUUGGAAACAAAUUAAAUACCUUGGGUCGAUGUGAUAGCCGGAAAACAAGAUCUGAUGGCCUCAUUUCAUCAGUGGAAAAGUGUAAGAGUGGGAUGAGUUCACGACAAACAGCUUUCCGAAGCCCUAGAUUUCUUUCGGAUGAAGUCGAAAAACUAAAUGUCUCUAAUGGUGAUAUAAAUUCUUCUGACAUGGAGGAGGAUCCAUCACGUUUUCCCUCCAGGAAGAAUUCUCCGAUCGUCAAACCUUCAUAUAAUUUGAGGUCAAGGAAUCGGGAGCAGACAGUCAUUUUAGUGGAUGAGGAGGAAAACCAGCAUGCAGCUUUAAUAGAUGAAGAAGAUAACAUGGAUGCAAGCAUGAAGGAAAUCAAAAUUUACUUUCCUACAAGAUGUCACCCGGAGUCGAUAGAGCUCGGGUAUGCAGACAUGGAGUGUCUUGCUCCUGAAACAUAUCUGUCAUCAACCAUUAUGAACUUUUAUAUCCGAUAUCUGGAGCAGGCAACAUUUACAAGCGAUAGCGAUAGAUGCCGCUAUCAUUUUUUCACCACAUAUUUCUAUGGAAAGCUUAAAGAAGCUGUACAAGACAAGACAAACGACAUGAAAGAUGUGUUUAACAAAUUCCGAAGGUGGUGGAAAGGUGUCAAUAUAUUUGAGAAAGCAUACAUAUUCCUGCCGAUACAUGAGAAUCAUCACUGGAGCUUGGUAAUCAUAUGUAUCCCAGACAAUGAAGAUGACUCUGUUCCAAUUUUGCUUCAUUAUGAUUCACUUGGGCUUCACAGUAGUAGGCCGAUUUUUGAAAACAUUAAAAGUUUUCUGAAAAAGGAGUGGACCUACUUGAAUGAAAAGGAAACGUCUUCAAAUUGUCCGAUAGAUGAUAGCAUUUGGAAAAAUCUCCAUCGAAAAAUCGAGAAAAAAGUAAUCACGGUUCCGCAACAAAAGGACGAGUAUGACUGCGGCCUCUUCGUCCUUUUCUUUAUGCAGCGUUUCAUUAAAGAGGCUCCUCAAAGGCUGAAGAAGAAAGACUUGGCAAUGUUUGGCAAGCAGUGGUUUACUCCCGAAGAAGCUUCUGACUUGAGACCCAUAAUUCGGGCUUUAAUCAAGAAACUGUUUAAGGAAAACCCUGAAGGUGGAAGUAGAGGGCAAUUUGUCAUCGAGUGCUAACCCCAGCUAGAAACGGUGAGCAUCAGAAUAUGUCAGUUUCUUCCUGUUCUGUUGAAGUCUUUCCAAGAAUUGGCAUUUGGGGUCUGACAUUUGCGUGUAGAGCUCAUAUGGAUGGUUCUUCCUAGUUCAACUUCCUGACAUUGCAAAAGAGACGGAUGCAACUAAGAUUAUUUGACUGUGGAAGUCUUUUUCUCUUCUUUUGGCAAAUAGGUUACAGAACUAUACUUUCGAACUAUACUUUCAGGAGUAUUAAACUGUGUGCUGCAACUCUUAUGUAUGUAAGGGGGACGGAGGGGUAGAUCUAUUUGCCCUGUAUUUGUCCAAUGUAAUGACUUGACGCGAUUUUAAUCCCGUCCACAAGAAACCAGCGCUCAGCCAGUGGGCAGAGAAUCUGUGGCCACAAAAUAUUUUCUGUUCCCCAAAUUUGUCAAAACUAAACAGCAUAUGUUAUGAUCAAGAUGAUUGAACUCA